CACCAUCCGCCAUAUUGGAACGAAGUGACUUCAUGAACAAAAAUAAAACAACGAACUACGUUUCUAAAAAUAAGAAAAACUUAUUAUGAGGUAACAAAACCAGCUCCAAGAAAGACCAAUACACUCUAAUAACUGUGCCGAUGCCAUGAGUAGUGCAAGACCAACGAAAGAAGGUCACCUAAGAAAAUACAGAAACAUAUUUCUUGGUUGGGCAAAACGAUAUUUUCGAUUGGAAAGAAGCUAUUUGCAUUACUUUGAAGCACCAUAUGCUCCAGAACCUCUAGGUAGCAUAACAAGGGGAGAUAUUGCUGAUGUCAAUGAAUGUAACCAGUUUCAAGGCAAAACCAAUGUUUUUGAAUUGCACACUAAAUCUGGGGUGGUAUGGUUUCUGCAAGCAGACUCAUCUGAAGAAAUGUACUCUUGGAUGAAAGUGUUAGUACCUACAAAAGAUUUACCAUCUUCUCAAGAUCAGGUUUCACCAAGUGGCUUUGUAGUAGUUUCUGAUAAUUCACCACAGCCAACCCAAAUCCUCCAGUAUCCAGGAGGAUCACCACAAUGGCAAGGACUGCCAGGACCAUACAACCCACCACCAAUGCAGCCUGGACAAGUGGGACCCCAGUUUGACCCUCGUAUGUUUGCCACAGGGGGGCCGUUAUAUGAUCCACGAGUACAUGGACAAGUACCCUAUACCCCACCACCACCAUACACAGAAGAAACUCAACCAGCACAACCAUUACCAAGUAAAACAGGGUUAAAUUAAAUUAAAUAAAAACAUAUUGUCAUAUAAUUUUGUAAUUCCUUAGACCCUUUUUGAAUUUCAAAAUACAGCAGAGUUCUUUGGAAGUGCAUAUAURCAAGGUCCACUGCUAGUCCACCCUUUUUUUGUCAGUGUUUGAUCUUUGCUUUAGUGUAAUAAUUUGGCCAUGCAGGAAUUAGUAGCUAGUCUAUUAUAUCUGCAGAGGUGUGCACUAGGGAGUGAAGCACACAYACACAAAAGAGGGACUCUACUUUUGUUUUGUCCCUUGCCCCUCAAUGCCUGGGGUAUGGGAAAUAGAGUUGUGGAUUAGGAUUAUACAAAUGCAUUCCACUGGAAUUUUUGCUACAGAUUUGGAAUAUCAUUGAUCUUUUUACUGUACACCCUAGCCUGCGUGCAGCCAACCUCUCACUGACUCUAACUGAAGAGAGAAAAGUCUGGCUGCACGCUGGCUUUUGUGGGAAUUUCUACAAGGGGUAUGUUGAUAAACUAGAAAUAUGAGACCUAAUCCUACAUGGACAUAGGAAAGAGCACAAAGCUAGGGUAUCUCAAUUAAUAUAAAAAUAUAACAAAUUGUAUCAAAAUCGUCAGAGAAACACAGCAUAUGCUACCUGUGCUUUUGCUAACAUCUUAGUGAGUGAGUGAGCGAGAGACUGACAUUUUUGCAAAUUCAGGCCCCUUGAAAUAACUCAUUUCUACAUUUUGGAUAUCCACAAGUUAUGAAAGGAAUAAAGCUUUUGCACCAUCACA